GUAAAAGGCUUUUUGAGAGAGCUAAAAGGGGUGAGGCGUCCACAAGUCAUGUGAUCUGGGGAACUGUACAGGUAGUUGCGACCCAGCACUUCAAUGGAUUGACAUGCUGUUUUAAAUACUGGUGGUAAUCAAGUACAGUGUAAUGACAAGUGGGUCAACGUGUCCUCGGGGACUCAAACUGGAGGGCGACACUGCAGGCGCACGCCGCGCGGGGGUCAGGGUCAUACAGGCAACCUCUUCCGCUUUCAACGCAUUUGUCAGAUCCUGUCUCACCUGCUACAACGGUGAGUGUGUAGAACAAAGAUUGAAAUGAGAUUGUCCGUGGUCUUGUAUACCACAUGGAAAAAUUUACCUGCACUGGAGUGGCUAAGAGGAUUUGUUUUCCAUAGAUUAUUUGUAAAACAACAAAAUGUGAUGUGAGGACAAAUAUGCCCAAAGCAAUUGCAAUGGAUGUGGUGAGUGUAUAACUCACAAGCUAAAGGAAAAGUUGUGACAGUCAAACCAUUGUUGCCAAAAGAUAAACUUGACAUUAAGUUGCUGUAGUCACCUCCGUGUACUGGUUACACAGGACAUUCACUGAACGCAGCCUGAAUGUUGAGCAACACAACUGAUGUGUUGUCAUUAUGCGCAACUCCGAUACACAUAACCGCUAGGAUGUAUGCAGGGUUAUGAGCGGAUAUAGAUGUAUCUGCGAGUCCAAAGAAACAUUACUUGUGUUGACAUAAGGGAGGGUCAGACAAGAUCAGGAAGCCGAUCAACUAAGUUGCCGUCACCACAGGUUUGAAGAAAACUUGACCUCACACCUCUGUCACUAAACAAGUUGAUGUAAACAACUUAUUGUCUUCAGGGAACAAUCAUCGACAGACGUCAUUGACCCAACAAUAAAGACACAUCUACGAGAAGUCAGUAACAAUGGCUGCUGGGACAACCAACAGAAGUAAGCCUGAUGUAGUAUUUCAGAUAAUGCUGACGAUAAUAGUGACGAUGACGGUGAUGAACUUAUGUCGGGCGAGGCCAAUGCUGGAGAAUCGCGGGUACAAGGGAAUUACUGUCCUCAUCAGCCGGGACGUUCCAGAGGACCAGGAUCUCCUAAACAAACUGGAGAAGUGUCUGACCGACGCCUCCAAAGUGCUGUUUCGAGCGACACGCCACCAGGUGUAUUUUGAAGAGUUCAUCGUCGUCCUCCCAGAAACGUGGACACAGAGCCCAAGCUACGGUGUCAUCAACAUCCUUGAAAAUAGCCCCGAGCAGAUCCUCAUCAGCAACAGCAAGAAUGAGUAUGGCGAUGCCCCUUAUGUCAGACAGCCCGAGGGAUGCGGCAAGCCGGGCCGUUACAUGCAUCUCACGCCGGCCUACAUCACCAACAACUCCGUCAGCGCCAAGUGGGGACCGCGGGGGAAGACUAUUGUACACGAGUGGGGUCACCUGCGCUGGGGACUCUUUGAUGAAUAUUCGACAGCCAAAGGGAUAGGGUCCACAUACCGCGACAAACAAGGGAAAAAACAAAAAGCCAGGUGCACUGAUCAGGCCUUAUUUAAGGAAACUGUGGUGGAAGUAGCUCCCAACGUCUUCGUACGCAAGGCCUACCCUGAGCCGGGCUUCACACCAGUGGCCUCCCUUAUGUACACGCACUACAUACCGACUGUUGUGGAGUUUUGCGAUCAUCCCAAUUCUUCAGACGAAUCCCUUCGGCACAAUACUCUGUCCCCUAACAAACAGAACCAACUGUGCAACCUCAAAAGUGCAUGGGAAGUGAUGUCCGAACAUAGCGAUUUCAAAGAAAUGAAAAGUCCUUUGGGAUCGUUUGGAGAGACUCGACCCAUCCAGUUCAAGUACGUACAGGUACAGCCGCAAAGGAAGGUCCUCGUCUUGGACACUUCCGGUAGCAUGCAAACUGACGACCGCCUGACGAAGAUGAAUAAUGCGGCCAGCAAUAUGAUCUUAAACUUGCUGGAGCCUGGAGGCAGCUUGGGAAUCGUGAGAUUUAGCAGCGGUGCCAGUGAACUGUCAGAACUUCGGACACUCAAGACAGACGCAGACAGAAAGAGCCUGAUCUCAAAGCUACCCACUGUUGCCAAUGGAGGAACCAGCAUCGGGGCAGGUCUUCGCUUGGGACUCCAGGUGCUACAUCGCGGGAUGGACAAUCCCUCUGGUGGAACACUCAUCGUCAUCUCUGAUGGCGAAGAAAACGAGAGGCCCUAUGCCGAAGAUGUCAUGCCGGAGGUCCUUAGAAAAUCUGUUGUGGUCCAUACCAUCAGUGUCACCGAGAAGGCAGACCCUCGAAUGGGUAGCAUAUCUACUAGCUCUGGUGGUCAGUCGUUUUUCGACAUUGGCAACAAGGACUCAACUGGUAUGAUUGACAGCUUGGCAACGAUAGCCACUUCUGGUGGUCUUACGCACGAUCCCAAAGUUCCCCUGUUGUUACAAACAGAAGCCGGAAGUGUCUCUUCCAGCUCUCCGCUGACAGGAGAGUUCUAUGUGGACCCAACACUUGGUCAGGACACCAUAGUCUCCGUCAGUUUCACAAGCCCCGUGAAAGUUAACCUGACAGGACCAGGUAACGUCAGAAUAUCACGUGACACUCAUCCUCAGCUGUACGUCACGGACGUUCCAGGAAUACUCAAAAUCCGGCUGUCGGAGUUUGUGGAGAACGGGACGUGGUUUUAUCACGUACUCACCACUCGAGCCGAGUCCCAAGUUGUUGUCACCGUACAGUCAAGUACAAACAGUGACGGAAGUGACGUCAUUCAGGUUCUGUCGUGGCUACCGGAAGAGCACAGUCUAGCCUUUGCUCCUGACCAGAAGCUGGCCAUUUACGCGGAGGUCACCCGUGGCAGGUCGUCGGUGCUGAACUCACAGGUCGUCGCCAUCAUCGAGAGGCCGCAGUCUGGACCUACGCAGAUUGAGCUCCUUGACAAUGGUGUUGGCUCGGACAUCACUAAGGAUGAUGGCAUCUACUCUGCCUACAUUCUGGCUAAAGACCUCUCCGGAGAUGGACGCUACGGAAUUAAGGUCAAGGUCGAAGGAGUGGAAGGGGUCACAAGCGUGGUGGUCGGAGGUCGAGGAGGCUCGAGCGGAGUUUUGGAAGUCGACACAGUGGAAAGUAUCGAGGAGCUGGUCACAGAAGAACUCGGCCGAUUCCAGCGCGUGACGUCAGGUGGGGUGUUCAGCGUGAGUGGUUUUCCCCCGGGAGUGACGUCAGUACCAGACUUGAUACCGCCGUCACGCAUCACUGAUCUAACGGUUAGUAACGACGAUAUCGGAGACGGGACGGCCGAGCUCGAGUGGACUUCCGUUGGAGGUGACAUGGACCGUGGCACAGCGGCACACUACACCUUCCACUUCACUCGAGAUUUCCAUCUCGCAUCGUCUGCAGGAGCGAUGUGGUCAGAGGUCAACCAAACGUAUCUGCGCAACUUACAACCACCACAACCUGCCGGCAGCCGAGAACGCGUCAACAUCUCUCUCGACCUGCUGGACGACAACGACACCCUGUUCCUGUGUGUGAGGGCCACUGAUGACGUAGGCAACACCGGAGACUUCUCCAACAUCGUGUCACUCACAAGCGUGCGAGACCCUGACGAGGUCACAAAUGAGGGCGACCUGGAUGACGUCACUAGGGUGGAAGACGGUGGAUCUGAUACGGGGUUCUACGUUCUGGUGACGGUGCUUCCUAUUCUUGCUGUCUUGCUAUUGGCCGUGCUUGUCACGUGCUUGCUUCGUGCAGUGCGGCGGAGGAAGCGGCAGUCCUUCCACGUGGAGAAGAAAAUGGAAACAGUUGAGAGCGAGGAGUCUCGAGUGUUGUAUGUUCCCGUCAGCCCUGAAAGCACUGAACAAGUUUAGUGUGCACAGAUUUUUAAAGAUAUUUUUAUUGCUCACAGUCGGGGUUGAAAGGUCAAAUGAAAGUAUUGUAGCUUUAUAUAUAUAUAGCUCAUGCUAUAAUCUUGCCAUAUCUAUAUAAUAACAUUGUGCGCUGCAGCUAAUGUUUCUUCUUUGGAUUUGUUUUCUUAGUUCUUGUUAUAUGUCAGUUACUUUGGUUAAUGAUACAAAUCACUGUUUGCUUUUCAAUUUUGCUCACAAGUAUCCGUAUCGUUACAAGUAUUGCACGUUGGUAAGCUUAUUUACACCCUCAUACAUAUAUAUGUAUACAGUAUACCUUUGUUGACAUGUUCAUUUCAUUUGUUAAAAAAAAGUUUGAGCAUCGGUUGUUACAGUUGAACUCAUUUAAAACGUUUAUGACUAAUCAGUCGGGAAAAGUGUCUAAUAUUUCUGUUUCUAACCAGUUAUGCUUUUGUUAUUUCUUGAAAAAAGAUUAGUUUAAGCAAGUAAUUUUGCACGCAGAAAUGAAGAUGAAAGAGAAGAGAAAUCCGAA